UGGUUCUCUCAUACCUCAGUUGAGUAUCAAGACGCUGGACGCUGUGUACGCCUUCAGAAUUGCAGUUGUAGCGGUUGUAGGAAAGCUUCCAAUAUUGAGGUUCUUGAUGCAGCGUCCCUGUCUAGGCAAGAAUAAUAUGUCCUGAGAGUCCAGUGAGCUCUAGAUGAAAGGCCUUGAUGGAGACUUCUUGUUCAGAGAGCUUUAAGCUGAUGGGUUCCAGGUCGCAGCUACCGCUCGGUGCCUACCAGAUGUGACGUCGCCGACAACCACGCACCGAGCACAAACCAGGGAUGCGCAGCGAUGAACAAGCAAAAGGAUGUCGAUGCGCCGUCGCUACAGGAGCAGGUCAUUGCCUCUGUCCUCUCCUCGCUUGUUCCGGCAGCCGACCAGACAGAUAAGCGCAAGGGCAAGGGCAAAGGCGCACAGCAAUCCUCAGAUGAGCCGCCGCCGCUCGACCUCAUUGUCCUUACGCGCAACUUUCGACAGUUUUCCUCGAGGAUUGGUGUCUUCUUCAAGCUUCAAUCCGGCGUUGCAGCCAUUUAUACCUGGCAAAAGCCAAGAGAAACAGUGUCCUAUGGCAUGAUAUGGACCCUGCUCUGCUUGCAGCCAUACCUGGCGCUGGCCUUGCCUUUUGCGGCAGCUGUGUUUGGACUACUCAUACCGAGCUUCCUGCAGCUCCAUCCACCACCGCCUUCCAACAUCCCACUGCCGCCAGACCUGGACAGUUGGGCGACCAGUACAGGCAAUGCAAAGCACUUUGGAGAAAAGGCAGAAGGCCGCGACUUCCUCAUCAACAUGCGCGACAUUCAAAACGCCAUGGAAGAUUAUGUACAAGCAUAUGACCAGAUUGCGCUAGUCUUGACAGACUAUGCCAACUUUGCAAAUGAGAAAAAGUCGAGCGUUACUCUCGUUGCGUGUUGCAUUGGCAUGCUCACGGCGCUGGUCCUGGCUGCGUAUGUGCCAGUCAAGUUCUUGGCUCUUCUCUCUGGCUGGAUCGUUCUGCUCUCUGGCCACAAGCGCUUCUUGCCAUUGCUCAAACACAUUCAGCGUAUGUCUGCCUCUGCAAGCGAGAAGGUACGCGAACAAAUUGCCGAAAAGGUGGAGCGCGAGUACCUUGAUCCAGAAAGAUUGCCAGAGAAGCGCGAGGUGGUUGUUUAUGAAUAUUGCUACAAAGGGAACGAUGCUCCAGGAGACAAGCGAGUCAUCUACUCUGGAUUCAGCACAAUCGGCAAUGCAGGGCGCGAAGAUGCAUUCACGACGCACAAUCUCGAUGAUGUCCAGCCGCCUCCAGGCUUCGCUUUCGUUCAGGGGAGUCAGUGGUCAAGAGAGGCCGCCGACGGAAAACAGCCGACAUUCAAGGCGACGGCCAACAAAGUGGCAGUCGAAGCGCUUCAGGCGCGUUCGAGCAAACUCGCAGGCAAAGACCGUGACGAUGAUGCACGGUCCAGCUGGACUAGAUCCACACUCAAGAGACAAGUACAACGGACGUUGGAGCCACAGAAAUCUGUAUAGCUACUUCUUUGACUUCUUGUCUAACGCAUUCAUCUCGUCCACCUUUUGGCUUACCUUCUCAAAAUAGCCUGUUGUUUCGUUGUUUCGCAGGUCAAUUCGACCGAGUGAUUCGUCCACCCUGUCGUAUAAAUAGUCGAGAUCAGCAAC